AUGCCGAGUAUCAAGUUUCAGAGUGGGGACACAGUGAUGGGCCGCUGGCCCGGCAGCAGCCUGUUCUACGAGGUCAAGGUGCUGAGCUACGAUGCCAAGAGUCAGCUCUACACUGUUAUCUACAAGGAUGGCACUGAGCUGGAGCUCAGAGAGGCUGACAUGAAGGUAGGACCACUAUCUAUCUCCAUGGCAACCAUGUCACUGAAGACAUGACUCAGAUGAAUAUCAAUGUCACAUAAUAUUACUUCUCAGUUGGAUGGUGUUUUUAUACCUUGAGAAUGUUCAGACAUUUUGAGUUUAUAAUUUUAUGGUAGUGCAUAAUCAAAUGUUAUUAUCCUUUUAUGAUAAGUUGAUUGGUGCUGGCCUUUUACAAUUCAGUUAUGUAAAAGCUAUGUAAUAAUAUGUUGUAACCUUGCUAAAUGCUGUAAUUUAUGUUGUUCCAGAAUCCCACUGGGUUCAAACCAAGCCGUCGCUCUCGCUCACGCUCCCCGUCGCGGCGGCGCAGUCGCUCCCGUUCCCCGGCCAGGACUACCAGGCGCUCCUCGUCACGCACUGUCAGCGGCACCUUCAUCGCGGAGACCCACACCGCACGCAAGGAGCCCAAACUGAAAGAAGCACUAGAGGUCAGACUCAUCCCUGUGGUGAGGAACGUGAUGGCACACUCAUUGCUGGGAUUUAGAAUGGCUUUUCGUUUUUAAAUAUUGCUCUACUGAUGUUUGUUUGCUGCAUGUGUUUGUGUAUUCAGGAUGCCCUGUAAAAUGUAUAACCUCAGAGAGAGCAUUAUUUGAUAGAUCAAGCAUUGGCUAAUAAUGGUGUAAUAAACCCGUAUUUUAACGUAGUGUGAGUUAACCACUUAUAGUAUUAAUUCGGUGGGUCCAUGUUUGUGUAGACAUGCCUCUGUUUUUCACUAUUGUUGGUCAUCAGGUUCCUUUUUCUGCAUGUUGAUGUUUUUGCUUCCUUCACUCCAUUUUCAUUUACCACAGGCAAAGCCAGUUGAAAACAAUAGCAACAAUAAGCAUGAAAAUAAAGAGGGAAAUGAUACUUCUGACAAAGUCAACGAGGUGAGACUUCCAGAUAUGUACUUUAGGAAUACCUACUUUUUUAGUUUCUGUCAAUCCAUAAUUAUCGCAAUGCUCCUAGAACAAAAUACAUGUUUGUGUUAGGCUGUAAGCAAGAUUAACCAAAGUCAUGGAAUUAGGCAACAGAACAUUCCCUAGCUGUAAAGUCGGCUUUUAGGUAUAGGAAUGUCAUGAUGCAUGCAUGUUGUACCUCCUGUAUGUUAGGAGGACUGCAUGGGGGAGUCAGCCUGUACAAAGCCCCAGCUGACUGAUCCACACACACCACUUAGUGUCUUGCUAAUGUUCCAUCAGUCAGUCACAUGCUGUUUGAACAUGUGCUGCCUAUUUUCUCUGCUCUCCUCAGAGGUUAUGAGAUCUUCUCAUUGCAGCUUAUGUGGAUUUUGAUCAUAGUUGAUGUUAAACAAAUACCAAGACUUUGGCUAUCAGUAUGCUCAUGACAUAUAACUCUGCCAACCUAGUAGUAAAACCAAACAAUGGUUUAUGGUGGUAUUUCCUGCUAUAACAAGAUACGUCUUCACUUGUCCUUUAAUAGCAGAUGCACAUCUAAAGAUAAUUUGCGUGGCAAAUAGAAUGGAUGUGCAUGACAAGAAAGCUCAUAGUGUCUGCCUGUCACUGAAUUCACUGGCUUUGCAUCAUAGAUUGGGGCCUGUAUAGUGAAACAUAGCACCUUUAUUAUAGUCUUACUGUUUAUAUUUCGCUAUAGUAUUUUCCCCAUGUUUGUCGGACUUGUAAAACAGUAAGGCCUGUAGGCUACAUCAAAUUCACAAGCUCCAUUGACCCUCGUUUUAGACUCAGGCAUUCAUGCUGUGUCUGCCCCCCUGCCCUCUUAAGCGUCUAUCAACCAGAACAUGUAGGUGUACACACAGCAGUGUUAUAGAAUAUUUGACUGUUUGCUGUCAUACUUUUUGAAUUCUGAGCAUGGCUCAAGCAAUUUCUCCAACUGUCAACAUGUUCAAAUUAAUAGAGGACGCGUAGGCUAUGUUGGUUGGGAAUUUGGGUGGUUGCAGAUUCGUGCUAUGCGUCCCCCGAAGACGGUGGUGUCACAAUGAGACGCCGGACUAUCGCGUCUGUAGACUCUGAAUUACACCCCCCCCCCCCCCCCUCAUCUCACCAGCCGUGUGAGGCCCAACUUAGUUUAUUCUACGAUAACCUCCCCCAUAAGCUCAAGUCACUGUGGGUUAGACAUGUUGUUCAUGUCUGUGUAAAUAAAUACUACCACUCAGCCUGUCCCAUGUGUGUCUACCUCCAGAAGCCUGCAGAUGUGGAGACAGAUAAGAAAAUAGUAGAGAGCCGCUACAACUUGAGACGCAGGAAGGAUGACGGUGAUGCCAAGCCAGCCGAGCAGACAGAGGAGGUUGAGCAGAAGCCUGCAGUAGCCACAGCCCCCAUCACCACGGAGCUGGAGUUUGGAGGGAGGCUAGGUGAGGAACUGAGAAAUGUGGUUGCUAUGCCUAUCACAUCUUGUCAUGUGCUGGAUAGAGUGAGGAAAAAAAGAAUGGUGCUAGUCUGCACACUGUUAUGCCAAUCAAAUUGCACUAGGGUGCUAGUCUGCAUUCGCCUGGGUACCUUCUGUUUAGCUAACAUUCCACUCCUUGUACUCUGUGUCAUAUGCCAAAGAUGUUUAGUGUGGCAAGGAGUGGAAUGAUAGCUAAACAGACUGGUACCCAGACUAAGUCUGUAUAUCGUUUGACAAGAAUGUAUUUCUUGAUGGACGGUAACAGGGUAAACAUAAGUCAGACAUUUGGAGAAGGGCCAGGCUGACUUCCCUUGGCUCCAGUCACUCAGUGUCUUUUUCCCCCUGUAUUUGCAGGAGUGUUCUGCAUGACGCUGCUCCUGCCUGCGACGGUGUUGGGCCUGAUGGUGGUAUGCGGUCAGAAGGAUGCUAGCCUGAUGAGCUCCCCCCCUCUGCCUUCCCUGGACUCCCUGUGGGACCUACAGGUGUUUGGCAUCGUGGUCCUCUGGUUGCUCUUCCAGGCCCUGCUCUACGUGCUGCCUGUCGGAAAGGUAACAGGAUCACCCACCCCCUCACUGCUCUGUUGGCACACAUGUAGAAUCAGCUUACCCUCUCCAAAUUAUGUUGUAGUCAUUGUGGAGAGAAAAAAAGAACUGAACCGUAGACGAUUGUCUAGUGGCGCAACUGCGUUCUUAGAAUUUCUACUCCCACCUCCUCAAACUGUACACACACUGGCAAAUACACACACCAACACCCCCCCCCCCCCCCCCCCCCCCCCCCCUGAGAGUACAGGCAGUACACAUGACUCCCAUCUGUGACCUGGACAGAGCACAUGACCGGCGCUCACAUCUAAUUUCUGCUCAUUAGCCGGAGCAGAGGAUAGAAAUUAGAUUAAUCAGCGGGAGUAGGCUACGGUCCACGCUGGAACACUACAGGAGAGAAUGGGACAUUUCGUUCCUAUUUUCAUCUCCUGAUCUUCCUUUUGAAAACCGUUGAAGCACCCUUGUCUUUUUGAGAAUGUAUGAAACUUUCACCAUAUGGCUCCCAUGAAAUUGCAUGAUCUCUGGGUCUGGGAAACAUUAGUAAAAGGGAUACUGUACAAAAAGUAACCUGUCCUAUCUACAUUAUCCCUCUCAGAUAAUGUAUUUCCUGUACACUGUAUUUCCUGUAAGGUUGAAUGAAUGUCCAACCUGUGUGCUUUUGUCCCCAGGUUGUGGAAGGAAUGCCCCUGAAGAAUGGAGACAGGCUGAAGUACAGAAUGAAUAGUGAGGCAUUCCUGUUCCCCCCCCCUUUUUUUUCUUCUUCUCAUUUCGAAUGAAUUAAUUGAGAUUAACUAGUCCGUUACCCCCAGCACUUUGAUAUCUGUAGUAAAGCACUAUGCCAAUGUAUUUCAUUAACAUAUAAGUCAUGUAAGGAAACUAGGAAAUACCUUUUGGUUGAGGAACUUCCUGUGUAUUAACCCUGUAUGUCUCCCUCUCCUCCGCCACCAGCCCUCCAUGCCUUUGUGCUGACGGUGGCAGCCCUGGGGGCUGCAGUGCACCAGGAGGUGGACCUCAGCUACAUUCACAACCACUUCCUCCAGCUGGCUGUGUCUUCCCUGCUCUGCUCUGUCCUGCUCAGUGUCUACCUGUACGUCCGCUCUCGCUGGGCAACCCAGGACCAGCUGGCCCCCGGAGGAAACUCUGGUGAGUGGGUGUGAAUGGGGUGUUUGUGUGUAGUUGUCACUGGUAGACACACUUCUACAAUCUGGGUGUGAUUUGAUUCGAUGAUAUGGUUCUAUUAUGACAUGGACCAGCAUACGGUUAAGAGCAAAUAUGAAUUGAUCCAGAGCUAUAGAUGUAUAGAAACAGGUUAAGUAUCCAAAUGUUCAAUUGAUUCUGACAGGAGAAUGCAUUCCAAUCCUCAAGUUGCGAGCCGUAUUGCUGUACUACCCGUUUGCAUGAUGAUGCCUUACAAAUGGUCUACAUAAUAUGAUUAAUUUGUUCUUCUCACCUCCGCAGGGAGUGUGAUUUAUGACUUCUUCAUGGGAAGUGAACUUAACCCCCGGAUCAAAGGCUUUGAUCUCAAAUACUUCUGUGAGCUGCGUCCAGGAUUGAUUGGUUGGGUAAGUUUGUCUGUAGUGUACUGAAAUGUUUCCAUUAAAGUACAUUUCAGCUGUAUAUUAGAGACAGUGUAAAUUAGGCUGUUUAUUUCCUCAAACACAACUGCAAAAACCAAAGAAGCUGUGUUCAGUUUCCCGUUGUGUUCAUUACUCCCUUUAGUGGUAAAAUCUAAAAUGCAUCAAAUAAAUCCUAAAAUGAUACUACUGUACAUUUUGGAACUAGUUUGUCUAUGUCUGAGUUUAACUGUCUGUUCAACGAGAGUGUUUAAUCAGACCUGUGACAUCUGUUCUGUUCUGUCCAGCUGGUGAUCAAUGCUGCCAUGGCUCUGGCUGAGAUGAAACUCCACCACCUGGACUACCCCUCACCAGCCAUGAUCCUGGUCAACUGCUUUCACCUGCUCUAUGUGCUUGAUGCCUACUUGCAUGAGGUACAAAACCUGCUUUUUAUUUCUGCCUGAUGUGUUAUUUAGUCAAUUUAUUUGGUUGUAAUCUAAUGGUUGAUUGUUGCUCCCCAGGAGGGUGUCCUGAGCUAUAUGGAUAUUACCCAUGAUGGGUUUGGCUUCAUGCUGGCAUUUGGAGACUUGAUGUGGGUCCCCUUCACCUUCAGUCUCCAGGCCUACUACCUGGUUCACCACCCCAACCACCUCUCUCUGCCCUGGAUCGUUGGCAUCGUCACUCUCAAUGGUUAGUCGGUAGUACUGACUUAGUACUCUGACCUUUAGUAUUGGCAUACGUUCAUAUUAGUCCUAUAUGUCGUCUGGGAUAUUAUUUUUGUUGUACCAGUAUGACAUUUUGUUGUAUGAUUACCAGUAUGACAUUUUCUUUACAUCAUGUGUUACAGUCAUUGGAUUUUGCAUCUUCCGUAAAGCAAACUCACAGAAAAACGCCUUCAGAAGAAAUCCAUCAGACCCCACAUUAUCCCGUAAGUCCUCAAUCCCAGUAUAUCUUAUUCUAAACGUUAUCCAUUUGCAGGCUCCCUGCCUUGAUAAAGGGAUGGAGUUGUUGGACUCACUGUAACUCUGUGUUUUCUAGAUCUGAAGACUAUCCCUACUGCCACGGGGAAGAGUCUCCUGGUAUCUGGUCUGUGGGGGCUAGUCCGUCACCCCAACUACCUGGGGGACCUCAUCAUGGCUCUGGCAUGGUCCCUACCCUGUGGUGAGUGACGGCUAGUUCAGCUAGUUAAUCAGUUAUUCAUAGCUACUUAGUUACCAGGUAUUUCUUUCAUUUGUUUUUUGUAUGUAUUUUUUUCGGAGUUGUGCUGACGAGGCACCAGAAACAGCCCAGUAAAGCUAACCAUGUUUUGAUAGGUGUAUAGUGCUAAGAUGAGAUGAUGUAGUGUAGGUUGACCUGUUGUGUUGUCUGUGGUUGCCCUGUAGGGUUCACCCACAUCCUGCCAUACUUCUAUGUGAUCUACCUAUCCAUCCUGCUGGUUCACCGGGAGGCCCGUGACGAGGCCCAGUGCAGGAGGAAGUACGGCUCGGCGUGGGAUGACUACUGCCGAGAGGUCCGCUACCGCAUCAUCCCCAGAGUCUACUGAGGCCUACGCCACCUCUGUCCCCACUCCACGCCCUCCAGUUCUGCAAGCUUACAACUCAUCACAUGGCUGCAUGAGUUCACAGAGAAAAAACUAGUUGUUUGAGAACAUUAGAAUUUUGGAAAGGGGGAAGCUUGAUUCUUGGAAGUACCGCAGGAGCAGCUUUCUUUUGAAGUUCCGUGGUUUUAGGAAGGUAAACCCUCAUUGGCUGGCUGAAUUUGGUUAAUGCCUUUGUUUAGAGAAAAAAAAAGGUCUAAAAAAUAAACCUCAUAUUCUGGUGAAGUGAUGUAUAUAUUUUUGUACAUAUACAUUUUUUAAACUGAAAGAUACCUGUUAACAUAACAUUGCAUAUUUGGUCUGUUUUUAACGUUUUCUUUGCUCCCAUAUUCAAAGUAUACAAUAUUUUCUGGGCUUUUAUUUUGAAGUAUUUUGUAAUGAUACCUUUCGUAUACAUUGCUUGUGUAUAUUGUGAAUGAUGGGAUUGAAAUGCUCUUUUUUUUUUUUUAU